ACACAUCCCUCGAUGUACGAUCAACAGCAGAAGUCAGAAGCCAGAGACAGGGAAGCCCGCAAGCUCAAGAAGUAGCCACCUAAAUGUCUCGUUCUAGUGUAGAUGGAGCAACAAGAGACGCAAAAUAAAUCCCUAUAAUUACUUUAUGGCAGAUUGGAAAACAUUUGCCAGUGCGCUGUAUUUUAGACGACAAUGGCAGGACAAUGAAAAGGAGUCCAGUGUCCAUUAGAUUCAUCGAGGGACAACGCAAGUCGGUGCAGCUGGUGUGUGGCAGCUAUGCCUAUGCCAAGAACAACAAGCAUGGCGCCACCAUCUACUGGAACUGUCGCAUACGACGCCACGGGCAGGAGCCGUGCAAGGCUCGCCUCUCCACCACGCAGCACCCCAAUGGCCAGUACACAGUGCAUCUGACUCGACCCAAACACAAUCAUCCGCCCAGCAAGCGCAUCAAGCGUUUACUCAACCAGAAAGAAUCUCAAUCGCAGACACUAAGCCUAGAUAAUAAGCAGAAAAUAUAAACGGCAAACAGCAUUCAAUCGUC